CUACUUGUGAUACCGGCCACAAAGGAGAAGAAGAGUCUGUGCCUGAGUGUGAUGCGUGCCGAGGCAAAAACUGUGAACUGUGUGAGAAAUACAAACGGCGGAAAGAGACAGAGAAGUAGACUCUACCAAGGUCUAACUUUCAGUUACCAAGGAACAGAAAGAAAGAAGGAGGGCAACAGUGAGACACUCUCAUUGUGACACACGCACAGCUCCAGAGCUCCUUUGUAUGAGCCUGGUAGUUUGUGGUGGGGACCUUGUGAGCCGUGGAAAGCCAACAACAACUCUGCUGCUUGCGGAACCGAGAAGGACAACAACACGGGACUGAUUUUUGACAAAGAGAAACGAUUUUGCCAUGUGGACAUCUCUCUAUGGGACCUGAAUGUGGAUUUGCCAUCAUUUCUUCUGUGGCCCCUUGUUGGAAUUAAGGACGUCUUCAGUGAAAAGGAGACGCAAUUGACUGACUGAUUAAUCUGAGUAAGUGAAACUCAGUCUACAACUUGUUGGCGUCUGCAGUCUGCCCGGGAGACAGGACAGGGGGAGGGGAGGACGCUCCUGCCUGAAUCUCUGUCCUUUGGGAGGGAUCUUUUUCUUUGAGGUAACCCCCAAUAUAGCCACAUCAAGAUAGGGACUCAUGUUGACCAUGUGCUGCAGUUCUCUCUAACAUGGGCAGUUGUGUUGGAAGGAAACCUUUGUACCAAUGGCCUGAAUUAUCAGAUGACAGAUGAGUGUCCUGCUAGGACGGUUCUGUGUUCAACUCUCCAUUCAUGGUGAAUUCAUUGUGCAGGGCAGCCCUUCCUUUACAUAGCUAUUAUAUAACUGACAGCCCUCAGCCCUCCACUCUUUGUCUCUCAGAAUGUACAACGGUACCCUCCCUCCCAACAACCCUUACCAGCCCUGGGCUGUAAAUAACUCGGCAAACACCUCUACCUGCGACAAGAACGACGGCUUCAAAUACCCGCUGUACAGCACCGUCUUCAGCAUUGUGUUUGUGGUGGGACUGAUCACCAAUGUCGUGGCCAUUUACAUAUUCACCUGCACCCUGAAGCUGAGGAACGAGACAACGACCUACAUGAUAAACUUGGUUGUGUCUGACUUGCUGUUUGUCUUCACGCUGCCUCUGAGGGUCUUCUACUUCAUCAACCAGAACUGGCCUUUUGGAAGCACGCUCUGCAAGGUCUCCGUCUCGCUCUUCUACACCAACAUGUAUGGCAGCAUGCUCUUUCUCACCUGCAUCAGCGUGGAUCGCUUCCUAGCCAUUGUGUAUCCUUUUCGCUCAAGGGCACUCCGGACCAAGCGCAACGCCAAGAUAGUGUGCGUUGCCGUGUGGGUGUUGGUGCUGUCCGGGAGUCUCCCCACAGGGUUCAUGCUGCAGACCACCUCGCACGACAAAAACAAGACCAACGCCAUUUUCUGCUUCGAGAACUUCUCCUCCAAUCAGUGGAAAGCUCACCUGUCCAAGAUGGUGAUUUUCAUAGAGACGGUUGGCUUCAUCAUCCCGCUUCUACUCAACGUGUGUUGCUCCAUCAUGGUGCUGCACACUCUGCGUCGCCCCCAGACGGUCGGGCGUGGCGGGAAGCUGAACAAAAAAAAGAUCUUGCGCAUGAUAAUUGUGCACCUGUUCAUUUUUUGCUUCUGCUUCAUCCCCUACAAUGUAAACUUGGUUUUCUACGCUUUGGUCCGCACUAAAACUUUAAAAGGCUGCUUUGUGGAGUCGGUGGUCCGGACGAUCUACCCGAUAGCCCUCUGCAUCGCUGUGUCCAACUGCUGCUUUGAUCCCAUUGUUUACUAUUUCACCUCGGAGACCAUCCAGAACUCCAUCAAGAGGAAGUCUCAGGGGAACCGUUCGAUUGAUGUCAAGUUCUCAGAGGCGCUGCAGUCAGAAGCCAGCUCAAACCUUCAGUGCAGCUUGAGACAUCUCAAAGCUAAAGUCUUCCACAAUGAGUCAUCAGUGUGAUGGCGAGGGUAGCUACUCACAACAUGAAAGGUAUUAAAGUCAUUGUUUUGUAGAAAAAUGAACCUUCUUGAAAUAAUGGAAAGGUUUUUUUAUUUGUGCAAAAGAGGUAUUAUCUAUUAUCUCAGGGCGAAGGUUGGGACUUUCUACUGACAGCCUGUCAGCUCUGCAGUAUUAUCUGUGGAUUGCUUAUUACUACUCACUCAUUUCCAUUUUCAUGUGAAGUACUUCUGUACUGGUUGUGUUUAGCACAAUUCUCAGCGUGCGACCUUGAGAGGCCUGGGGUUCAUGAACAGCAAGACAUGAACACUGUUAAAUACUAUAUGUGCCUGUAUAUUUGUACAUUCCUGUGGUAAAUUGUGGUGCUAACUUUAGAUUAGCAUCUAUUAAAUUAACAGAAAGAAAUACCGAGAUUGAUAUAGAUUGAACAGGGCUUAUUUUUUUAAUUGUGAAGAAAUAGGUCACAGAAGUGCAUUUUUGUUUCUUGCAGCAUUUCAUUAUUGCCUAUGUCUAUUCUUACUGACCAUUAAAUGCACUGACACAGAUUUCCACUUACUGCACUCAGCAAUGAAUAAAAGUCAUGUCCUGUUUAAAACAAACAACUGC